CGUUCAUCCACAGGUGCUAAUAGAUCUGAAUCAAUUCAUCGAAAUGAAGACAUUGGGUGUUCUCUGCUGCCUUCUGCCAUUGGCAGUCAUUUGUGCGGUUACGGAGAAGGAACUGUAUCAGUAUGCAAUUCUCCAUACCAACAUCAGAAUGUACAGCCAGAAUGUGUCGUCAUUCCUGUUGGGUGUUGACCUUCUGGUUCAGCAGUUGGCUGAGAAAUUCCAUCGGAACCUCAGUUCCCUUCGAGUAGAUUACGCAGUCGAGAGGUUCCCACAGUUCGAGAUAAAGUAUAAAGCGAAAGCCGCGGAGUUCGCAAAAAAUACAGAUUUGAAUAAAGACUGUUCUAAAUACAUCGCGGAUCUCCUCAGAGAGAAUGAAGUACAUAAGGGCCAGCUGGCGAGUUACGCAGCUACGGCUGUGCAAUCUUGGAAAGACGGAAUCUACCAGUUUCAUAAGGCGAUAGCUAACACAAGACUCGCGCUUGCUAACGGCGAGGUGGAGGCUGCUGAUUGCGGUGCUCUCCUAGAUCAGGAUGAUGAGACGCUUGCUUACAAUUGUGCGCUCAAGGUUUUAACGAAUGUUAAAAAACUCGAUGAUGAGACGAUUGGAUCAAUUUAUAAUCGAACAACAGAGAUGGAUCAAAUUCACGAUGCAGCUCUGAAUAAUUUGCAUCAGUCGAUCAAAGACAGGUUCAUUCCAGAAUUCUAUAACACAGUCGGAAUAGAUGGUUGGCUGGCGGAUUAUUGUCCGUCAUAAAUUGUUAUCUGAGGACUUCUGGAAGAUGCCCAUCGCAGCCAACAUAGGAAAAUAUGACAUCAAAUCGCUGUGAUAGUCACAA